AUGGCGCUUGUUCAACUGACUGCAUUAGCCACAUGUGCGCUUUUGCUGGUAGUUCUCCGCGCCACCUUCAUUAGUUGGAGACUACAGCGAAAGCUACUGACAUAUACAGGUGCCCCCGGUGCCCCGUUUACUGGGAACAUUCUCCAAUUGCCCAAAGUUCGUGCGCAUCACAACUUCCGUAUUGGUCCAGCGACAACCGCAGUGCUUACGGUUACGGAUCGUGCUCUGGCCAAGAAGCUAUUCGACAAAUGGAGCGCGUCGUACAGUUCACGUCCAACCUCACAAGUUGGACAGAACAUCAUCACCGGUGGUGACCAUCUCCUAGUCAUGCACUAUAGCGAUAAUUGGUGUCUAUUUCGCAAAACCAUAAACCAGCAUUUCUCGGCUUCCAUAUGCGAAAAGAAACAUUUCCGCCUGCUGGAGGCUGAGCAUACACAGAUGAUGCGCGAUUUCCUCCUGCAUCCCGAGAAGUAUAUGUUGCAUACGAGGCGCACAACUAAUAGCAUUAUAAUGAGUUUGCUUUUUGGUAUUUGUACUCUGUCUUGGGACACACCACAUAUGCAAGACCUAUAUGAGAUAAUGGAGCUCUGGUCUCAAAUCAUGGAGACAGGUACUACCCCACCAGUGGAUAUAUUUCCUUGGCUGCAUUGGGCUGUGGCACGUGGUAUGAAGCGGCUGUAUAGUUCGUUCCACCGACGGGCCAUCGAGGCGCGUCGUAGAGCAGAGAGCGCCUCCCAGUAUCGAGCCCGCAGCUUCCUCGACGACCUUGGUCUUACGGAUAACCAGGUCGACUUCUUGGGUGGUGUUAUGAUGGAGGGAGGCUCGGAUACCAGUUCCACAAUGCUUCUGGUCAUGAUCCAAGUGUUGGACUUUUCUCGUCUGCCUUACAUUAACGUGGUUGUCAAAGAAAUAAUGCGCUGGCGACCCGUCACAUCCUUGGUCUUUCCACACGCCCUCAGCAAGGAUGACUGGAGAAUCACCGUCUUUCUGAACGGCCGGCAUAAGCUGGCAUUUGAUUAUGCCGCUUCCUCCGAGUACAUGCAAUGUUAUUAUUAUAUCUACGGUGCCGGGCGACGUCUGUAUCCAGGGAUCCAUCUGUUUGGAUGUAGCAUGUUCCUUGGUGCUGCAAAGCUUCUUUGGGCAUUCAAUUUUGAACUGGCGCGGGAUGAAAAGGGCAGUCUUAUCCCCAUCGACACCGACCCGACCACCAGCUAUACUGAAGAUUUCCUGGUCUGCCCGCGACCGUACAAAUGCAAUGAGCUCCACACUCGUGCUAGCAUCCACUGA